AUCUUUACUCAGCACUCAGGUGAGCUGCAGACAGGGUGAGGUGUAAAGAGAAGUGGUCCUUCUUUAAGUUUUAGGCCCACCUUAAACAUUAAACUACCCGAGCUGAUCAUUUGAAUGGAGGACUUCCACGUGUGUCCAGUGACCAGCUACUACAAAAGGAUCCUUCUACCAGUGGCCUACAGCCUUGUGUUCCUGCUGGGUCUAAGUUUAAACGGUGCCCUGCUGUGGUGCGUCGGCUGUCGGACGCGCCGCUGGAGCAGCACGGUCGUCUACAUGACCAACCUCGCCGCGGCGGAUCUGCUCUACGUGCUGGCCUUGCCCCCUCUCAUCGUCAGCAAUGCCAUGGGCGGCCUGUGGCCCUUCGGCAACAUCAUCUGCAAAAGCGUCAGGUUUUUCUUUCUCGUCAACCUCCACUGUAGCAUGAUGUUCCUCACGUGCGUCAGCGUGCACCGUUUCCUCGGAGUGUGCUUCCCCAUCGCGUCUGUGCGCCUCAGGACCAAGAGGCUCGCCCUCUUCGCCUCAGUUUCGGUUUGGAUCCUGGCCACUGCAGAGAUUUUACCCACAUUGGUCUUUGCGCACACAGGUGUGAUCAACAACAUGACUGUGUGCUUUGAAAUGACCGACCCGGGGCAAUUUAAAGUUUACUUCCCCUACGGGCUGUUUUUAGCCAUUGUGGGUUUUCUGAUCCCUUUCCUCGUCGUUAUCACCUGUUACUGCUCCAUGAUGACAGUGCUUUAUUGCAGAGACGGCAUCUCGAACGCAAGGAUGCCUCGUAAGCGCACCAAGUCUCUUUACACCAUCUUAAUCGUGUGCCUCAUGUUUGUGGUGUGUUUUGUGCCGUAUCACGUUGCUCGGACCGUCUACUUGUUUGUGAGGGUCUACAUGCCCGGAGACUGUCAUCUUUUGAACGUAGUCAUGAUCUCCUUCAAGGUGUGGAAGCCUGUGGUCAGUUUGAACUCAUGCGCUAAUCCUCUCCUCUACUUUUUGGGCUGUGAUCGGCACCGCCAGCAGCUCCGGGCCUGGCUGUGGAGGAGGGGGAAGAGAGUCCAGCCCACCGUGUGUCUGGUGGAGGAUGGAGCCUACGCAGCAGGAACAGGUCGACAGGGUAGAGAGAGAGAGCAUCCAGCAGUGACUUUUUAUCAUGAGUCAGUGGGCGGCAAUGACACUGGGACUGUACCAACAAGGUCUAUAAGCUGCGUUUAGUAAUUCCCUUUAUUAUUUUAAAUAUAUUUAUUUGGCAACAUUCAACAGGUCACAGCAUCAUGUGUGUACACUAUUCUAACUUAUCGCAACCUGAAGGAUCAACAGAAGUAUAACCCGAUACUGUAAAUACUGAGCCUGUAAAAGGCAGUUAUUAAAAAGCAAUGAUACUGUGGCCAGAGGUGACAUUAAACAUUUGAGGGAAUUAGUGCCCUCUGUUGUUUCCAGAGGGCUGAGUCUCUAAAACAGCAUCAAGGCACCAUAAAGCAUCAGUCCAAUUUUAUAGGACACAAUCUCCUGGAAAGAAAAAAAAAAACAAAAAGGAACAACACCUCAAGUAUAAAGCAAAUAGAAAAAAACUGAAGAUAGGUCCAAAAAUAAUCUAUGUUGAUACUAAUAGAAAAAAACAAACCCUGAUAACCCGUCUGAAUACCCAGAACAACAGUCAGUCAUGUAAAGGUUAACAAUACCUUAAAAAGGUAAAAAAAAAAAAAAGAAAAAAAAUUGCAUCAAUAUCUUGUCCAAACGGGGACACUUUUGUAAGCAUCCUUUCUUUAGUGCAUACUUGUCUGGAGCCACAGAGCUACAGCGUUGGAGGAGCAGCCAGCUGAAUGAAGGGCAUCAUUUCAGAACACUCCUGUGGGCAAGUGAUGACAGAUGAGUAGAGUAGUGGUCUGGGAGCUGAGAGGACAACGAUUAUAUGAAGGGAGAAAAAAAAGAAAAGAAAAAAAAGAGCACAGUGGAAAUGGAAAUGGUGUUUAAUUAUAAAGUGUAAUCGUAAAACCAACCCUCAUAGAAUUAAAAAAAAAACUUUAGAUUAGAGGAUGAAUAAAUUUGUGUGUGUGUGUGUGUGUGUGUGUGUGUGUGUGUGUGUGUCUGUACCUGUGUGCCCAGCCUUGAGAGGUACCGGUUACGUAAUCCAAAAGCAGACAUGGGUGCUAGUCUAGCAAGCUCACCCCCUAUCACCUUACUGGGUCGCCUUUUAUUCCUGCAGGAAUAAUAAUAUCGCCAUCUUUAUCAUCUCCGCAGCCAAAAUGAACACGAGCACAAUUGUAUUAAUAUUACACACAGGAUUAAAUCAGCCACAGUCUGUUGCUAAAG